AUGUUAAAACGAAACAUGCCUGGUAUUACUAUUUUGACUCGACGCCCGACGUGUGCCUUUCGCCGCUUGCAAUCACAGAAACGCAGCGAAAAUGUUGUAAAACAGUCCCGGGCUGUUCUACAGAUAAUGACUUUGCUCGAUCGUUUUCCAAAUGGCUUCAAAGCAGCUGUGGCGGCGGCAAAUCUCCUAAACAAUCGGACGUGUCAGUUAACCGAGCGUUAAAGUUCAUAAAGUUUUGUUGUGACGAGAAUGGCGAGGGCGAAGAAGAAGUCCUAAAUUCACCUAAUCUGAUCGAUUACGCCUUGGGGUCUCCACAACUAUUAACAAAGUUUGUCGACAGUCUCAAAGAGAAGUGGUGUAUUGGACAAUCAGGACAAAUUGCUUAUGUGGCAAGUAUUUCAGAUUUACUUGAUUUUCGCAAAUUCAAUCGUCCCCCUGCAACAGUGCUUGAAAACUUUGCAGUUUUUACCGAAGUGUAUGUAAAGAGAGCAGGAAAGUAUUUAGCCAAAGACAUGAGAUCAAAUUGGACAACCGAACUAGGUAUAGAAACCCUCGAAUCCCGUAGAAGUUGGGCAACUCUUUCCGAAGUACAAUCUGUAAUUCCAUUUCAUGAGGAACGUUAUAAAUCUGUAUUAGAACAUUGUAUUAUAUCACCUUCUACAGUCAAAACAGGAGACGUGACAUAUGCCACCCGAUUCGUUACAGCUUACAUGUUCCUCAAAGUGAAAGGUUGCCGCCCAAUGACCUAUAGAUCUAACCUUGCGAAUGUUUGA